CAGGAAUCAUCAUCUGCUAUUCCAUUCAUUCAAUCUUCCAGAGAGACAGAAGGAGAGAGAGAGAGAAGGAGAGAGAACGAGAGAGAGAAAGGGUUUGUUCGAUCCCGUGUAAGCGAUCGAAUUGGAAAUCGGAAUUUUGGUUGCGCAUAAAUCGAAUUUCUUAUGCAAGGAAGGUUCUCGGGUUGGAUUUUGAUAGGAAGAAUUGUAAGAUUAUGAUAUUUUUUGAGAAGCUACGUUUUUCUCCUCACCUUAGCCGCUACAUUGCGGGCAUCCUCUUGUUAAUCUUCUGCAAUUCCUUCCAGUUAGUCUCCAAUUUCCCCAUUCCUAUACACCCUUGAUUCUGCAACAAAACUGCGAAACACCACACUCUCCGACCUGAUCCGAUCCGAUACCCAUUCUAAAACUCCCUUUCUCUCGUUUUCAAUUCGCUCCAAGCAAAUGGAUCCUAAUCAACUCUUCUCCUCGCAUUUCCUCGAUGGUACUAUUUCUUCACGUGUUGAGAACCAAAACAGAACUCACCCAUCUGUUAUUGUGAUUGGUGCUGGAAUAUCUGGAAUUGCUGCAGCUCGAAGUCUAUACGAUGCAUCUUUUAAGGUGACUGUACUGGAGUCACGAGAUAGGCUUGGUGGUCGCAUUCAUACGGACUUCUCAUUUGGUUGUCCAGUUGACAUGGGAGCCUCAUGGCUACAUGGAGUUUGUAAUGAAAAUCCAUUGGCUCCAUUAAUACGUGGCCUGGGGCUUCCUUUAUAUCGUACCAGUGGUGACAAUUCUGUCCUAUAUGACCAUGAUUUGGAAAGUUAUAUGCUUUUUAACAUCGACGGUAAGCAAGUUCCCCAACAGUUGGUCAUUGAAGUUGGAGACACCUUUAAGAAAAUUCUGGAAAAAACAGCGAAAGUGAGGGAUGAGCAUCCCGAGGACAUUUCAGUUUCCCAAGCUAUUUCAGUUGUGCUAGAUAGGCAUCCAGAACUAAGGCAAAAAGGACUUGCCCAUGAAGUGAUGCAAUGGUUUAUAUGCAGAAUGGAAGCUUGGUUUGCUGCUGAUGCAGAUAUGAUUUCACUGAAAACCUGGGAUCAGGAACAUGUCCUCUCGGGUGGUCAUGGACUCAUGGUACAAGGAUAUGAUCCUGUUAUAAAAGCUCUUGCAAAAAAUGUUGACAUACGUUUGAACCACAGGGUGAAAAAAAUAUCCAGUGGUUACGACAAGGUAAUGGUCACGGUCGAGGAUGGCAGGAACUUUGUUGCUGAUGCUGCCAUCAUAACUGUUCCUAUUGGAAUCCUGAAGGCCAAUUUAAUCGAAUUUGAACCAAAACUUCCUGAUUGGAAGGUUUCAGCAAUUUCCGAUCUUGGUGUGGGCAACGAAAAUAAGAUUGCACUAAGAUUUGACAAAGUAUUUUGGCCUAAUGUAGAACUCCUGGGCACAGUUGCUCCAACCUCUUAUGCCUGUGGCUAUUUUCUCAAUCUUCACAAAGCAACUGGUCAUCCCGUUCUUGUCUAUAUGGUAGCUGGAAGGUUUGCUUAUGACAUUGAGAAACUAUCUGAUGAGGCAGCAGCAAAAUUUGUAAUGCAACAACUGAAGAAGAUGUUUCCAAAAGCUUCUGAGCCGGUUCAGUAUCUGGUUUCUCGAUGGGGAACAGAUCCAGACUCUCUUGGAUGUUACUCAUAUGAUUUAGUUGGAAAACCAAUUGAUGUUUAUGACAAGCUUCGUGCACCCUUGGGCAAUCUAUUCUUUGGGGGAGAAGCUGUAAGCUUGGACAACCAGGGAUCUGUGCAUGGAGCCUACUCUGCUGGGGUUAUGGCUGCAGAAAAUUGUGAGAAAUAUCUUUUAGAGAAACAAGGCCCCGUGGAAAAGCUGCGUCUAGCUUCUGUUACACAUGAAAUGCUUGAAGCUCUUGUACCUCUUCAGAUUUCAAGGAUGUGAUUUGUUUUUUCUCAGUUAGUUUAAGCAGCCACUUGGUCAUUAUGAAGAAUAAUUCGUAAGUAGCACCAGGUCUUCUUAUCGUGGAAUCGAAUAGCUUUGUUCACCUUUUUUUCUUUAGGCGCAGAACAUGUAAGACCAUAUCACUCUUGUGAUCCCGACAAUUAAUGUGGGUAUGUCCUACUUUUAGGUAGCUUCUCAACAUUUUCCUUAAUCAACGUCUUGUUUCUUUCUCCUUUCU